AUGCGAGGAACCGGUUUAUAUAAACAGCUGAUUCGUUACGGACAACAGUUGCAGUACACUGACAAACAUUUCUUUUACAGAAGAAUUCGAGCUGAGUUCGAACAGAAUAAAAACCUACAAGAUAAACAAGCCAUUCAAUUUCAACUAGGGAAAAAGUUGGAUAAAAGCCAGGUCCCGGUUAUACAGGAGAAAGACUUGGAGGAAAAAUUCGUAAGAGGUUGGGGUCCCGGUGGCCAGGCUGUUAAUACAACUUCUAAUGCUGUAUUUCUCCGACAUAUUCCUUCAGGGUUGUUUGUUAAAUGCCACGAGAGUAGAUCUCUGGAGAAUAAUAGAAAAAUUGCCAGAAAGCAUCUUAUUACAAAGUUAGACAACUUGGUGAAUGGUUUGGAUUCAGUUGAAAACAGACAGAAGGCAAUAGACUCCGCCAAGAAAGAGAGAAAGAAGGAGAAGUCCAGACGGAAAUACCAGCAGUUGAAGUUAAUAAAGGAGGGGGGAGUAGAAGAAAAAGAAAAUAAUUCAGAAGAAUCCAACGAGUUAGGAAAAAACGAUCUUGACAAACUAGAUGAAAAAUAG